AUGGCUACCCCAGAUAUGUCAGCACGAAGGGGUACACGUAUUGAACAUGGAGUGCCUACUCCGCCAAGCGAUUCGGAGAACAAGGAUUUCCUCAUGGAGAGUACUCAGGAUUCUCCAACUCCAUCCAGUCGCCGCAAGUCUCGUUCAAUCUCGGCGGGGAAGCAACAAACUGCGCAGCAGUCGUUGUCGCCAGAACCAUCGGCCAAGCAAAGCCGAAGUUCUUCUACAUCAAGGCAGUCCAAUAAUGACCCUGGUGAUGAAAGCGGCCAGGCUAAAAGCACUCGUUCAAAACGUGGAGGGUCUUCCGUUGCCCCAAAUACAUCUUCAGAGCCUGUCACACCAAGUCGAACGCCGCCAAAAAAGUCACCACAGCGUUCACGCCCAGCGUCAUCUCUCGGUACUCCAUCUACUCCCGCUAAAGACGCCAAGCAGCAGUCUGCAAGCAUCAACGCAGCACUGGCAAAGAAGAUCAAAAAACCAGGGAAGAACACGAAUGCAGGAAUUAACUACAUCCUGGAAGCCGACAUUGAUGGGAAAACUCUGAUCAAGUUGGGCUUGACAGAGACAGAUUGUGAUAGUCGUAUGAAGCAGAUCGAAGCCAGAUGUCGUCCAACAAGGAUUCAAGUCGUAGAUCCCGGGCAGUGGCAAAUUCCGCACGUCAAGGCAGCGGAGAAGCUCAUCCACGAGGAAUUAAGACAUCUCAAUCACCGUUUUGUUUGCAAAGGAUGUAGCUCUGAGCAUCGAGAGUAUUUCAUUGUUGACAUUGGCGUCGCGACAGAGGUUACUGAAAGAUGGACGACAUUUUGUGAGAGUGAACCUUGGUGUGAGGAUGGUAGUCUUCAUCCAUUCUGGGAGCAUCGCCUGAAGAAUACGAUGCGUACCGCAAGGUUACUGAAGGAUCAUGAUCACAAGGCUCGUGGUAAGCUGUGGAAAGCUUUUGUCAGUGCCUCCAAUUUGGACAGAACCAUCUUCAACAUCAGCUCCAUCUCGAGCACAGUACGGGAACGAUUUUGGCAGUGGUUUUCGCUGGUGCAGGCAUUUUAUACCUUCUUCAGGCUGCCCGGACAAGUUACACUCACGGUUCUAUUGUCGUUGAUGGCGAUUAUGAUCAUCGAGAGAGACUUUUGGGGGAAAUUGGCACCGUCGAGCCGUGCGUUCAAGCAAACUGCUCCUGUGUCACGGUCGCCGUCCAAGAAAUCACACGUCAAUGAAUCAGAAGUUCCCCCCGGUGACGAGGUGGGUGAAGCCGAAGGCGUAAACACGUCCGAGGACGUGGAAACCCAAGACAGUGUUGAGAUCAAUAAGGCAGAGGUUGGCGAGGACAGUAAACACAAAGAUAUUGAGAUAACAGUGAUUGACGAUGAUUCAAACGAUGAAGAUGAACCAGUCGGAGCUAUCUCAGGGGAGUUUGAUCGUUUGGAUGUUGACUCAGUGGACAAGGGCAGUCACAGCGAUGGCGGCGUAUCAGACUAUGACGCUUCCAUCAUUGACACACCGACACAUCCUGCCCGGAAAAGAAGGAAGUAG